CAUCCAACUCUCACCGCCCCUCCGGUCGCUUGUUUUUCGUCACGAGACGCAGAGUGAUGACGUAGUUCCCCGACAUUCCACAUCCAAGAUGGCCGCAGUCGGCAAGGAGAGACGUCGCUAAGGGGCUUGCCUGAGGCGAGGGGAUUCUAACAUUUUCAGAGAACCUUUGGGAAAGAACAAGUCUACUUCAAUAAAUGAAGGAGAAUAAAGAAAAUUCAAGCCCUUCAGUAACUUCAGCAAACCUGGACCACACAAAACCAUGUUGGUACUGGGAUAAGAAAGACUUGGCUCAUACACCCUCGCAACUCGAAGGACUUGAUCCAGCCACUGAGGCCCGGUACCGCCGAGAGGGGGCUCGGUUCAUCUUUGAUGUGGGCACACGUUUGGGGCUACACUAUGAUACUCUGGCAACUGGAAUAAUUUAUUUUCAUCGCUUCUAUAUGUUUCAUUCCUUCAAGCAAUUCCCAAGAUAUGUGACAGGAGCUUGUUGUCUAUUUCUGGCUGGGAAAGUAGAAGAAACACCAAAAAAAUGUAAAGAUAUCAUCAAGACAGCUCGUAGUUUAUUAAAUGAUGUACAGUUUGGCCAGUUUGGAGAUGACCCAAAGGAAGAAGUAAUGGUCCUGGAGAGAAUCUUACUACAGACCAUCAAGUUUGAUUUACAGGUAGAACAUCCGUACCAAUUUCUACUGAAAUAUGCCAAACAACUCAAAGGUGAUAAAAACAAAAUUCAAAAGCUGGUUCAAAUGGCAUGGACAUUUGUAAAUGACAGUCUGUGCACUACCUUGUCACUGCAGUGGGAACCAGAGAUCAUAGCAGUAGCAGUGAUGUAUCUCGCAGGACGUUUGUGCAAAUUUGAAAUACAAGAAUGGACCUCCAAACCCAUGUAUAGGAGAUGGUGGGAGCAAUUUGUUCAAGAUGUCCCUGUUGACGUUUUAGAAGACAUCUGCCACCAAAUCCUGGAUCUUUACUCACAAGGAAAACAACAGAUGCCUCAUCAUACCCCCCAUCAGCUGCAGCAGCCCCCAUCUCUUCAGCCUACACCACAAGUGCCACAAGUACAACAGUCACAACCGUCUCAAGGCUCUGAACCGUCCCAGCCCCAGCAGAAGGACUCCCAGCAAUCAGCCCAGCAGCAGCAGCAGCAACAGCAAGCACAGCAGCCCAAGAAACCCUCUCCACAGCCUAGUCCUCCCCGACAGCCUAAACGAGCCGUGGUUGUCUCUCCCAAAGAAGAGAACAAAGCAGCAGAACCACCACCACCUAAAAUUCCCAAAAUUGAGACAACUCACCCACCAUUGCCUCCAGCCCACCCACCUCCAGACCGGAAGCCUCCCCUCGCCGCUGCCUUAGGUGAGGCUGAGCCGCCAGGCCCAGUGGAUGCCAGUGACCUCCCCAAAGUCCAGAUUCCUCCUCCGGCCCACCCGGCCCCUGUGCACCAGCCACCACCGCUGCCACACCGGCCCCCGCCCCCACCCCCCUCCAGCUACAUAACAGGGAUGUCCACCACCAGCUCUUACAUGUCUGGAGAGGGCUACCAGAGCCUGCAGUCCAUGAUGAAGACUGAGGGCCCCUCCUACGGCGCCCUGCCCCCAGCCUAUGGCCCACCUGCUCACCUUCCCUACCACCCCCAUGUCUACCCUCCCAACCCACCCCCACCGCCACCCCCACGUCUGCCUCCAACCCAUGCAGUUCCACCCCACCCUCCUCCAGGCUUGGGCCUGCCACCGGCUAGCUACCCACCUCCCGCUGUCCCCCCUGGAGGACAGCCACCUGUGCCCCCACCCAUCCCCCCACCCGGCAUGCCUCCAGUCGGGGGGCUAGGGCGGGCAGCCUGGAUGAGAUAACGUGACGCCUUUUUUCCCUUUGUUUUUUUAACAAGAGUUUUUCUAAUCAACUUGAAGAGUAGUUUCAGUGGUUAAGCAGCAGGGUACCUUGUAUAAUGCUAGACAGUCGCAGUAUGGAAAGAAUGGACCAGGCCCCUGGGAUGAAGUUGGGGUGGUCCUCACAUCUGGAGGAUGGGAGCAGUCAGCUUUCACCGUAGCCUCAGCAGCACCAUUUGCCAUCCGACCGUGUGUGCUUGGUUUCAGCUAACGUCGCCUGAGAGGCCUGCACUGGGUUACUUUAUACUAGUAAAAAUGUUAACCAGCCAUAUUGGCUCAAUAAAUAGCUUCAGUAAGGAGUGAUUUUUCCUUCUAGAAAUCAGUGCCUAUUUUUCCUGGAAACUCAAUUUUAAAUAGUCCAAUUCCAUCUGAAGUCAAGCUGUUGUCAUAGUUUUUAUUCAGUGAUGUUCUCUCCCAUGACACCCAGGGGGUCAGAUGAACCACGUUUUUGAUUUAUAAAUGUUUGCAUCCUUUGUAUUAAAAUUAUUUUGAAGGGGUUGUCUUGUUGGAUGGCUUUUUUUUCCUCCAGGGAGGAGAGAAAUGUACUUGGAAAGUAAUGUAUGUUUACAUCUAUUUGCAAAUUCCUGUACAUAAAGAUAUAUUUUUUAAGUGUGAAUGUAACAACAUACUGUGAAUUCCAUCUUGGUUACAAGUGAGACUCCUUCAGUCAGUUACCCAAAUAAAAUCCGUUCUGAAACUA